AUGCAAAAUCCAUAUUACCAACUGCCCGUGAUCCAAGCUCCGAAUAGCAGUGGCCCCUAUACUUCUCUAGCUGUUUCCUCACCGUCGUCAUCAUCAUUAACUUCCGGUCCUCAGUUGCGGUCAACCGCUUCAGCUGCUUCAAGCAGAGCGUCAAACGGAUUGAAAAUAUCUCAUCUAAUAUAUGGCUCCGGGCAACAUGAUCCGGAAUAUUCACGUCCAGCCAUGACAUAUCCUCACUCACAGGAGUCUUUGUUGGCUUCGCCAGCAGAAAGCUCAGGGUUGUUUCCAGAAAGUCGCCACCAAAAUGAGGCUGUCUCAGGACUUCAUAUGGUUGCCAUCAACCAGCAGCCUCAUAAAAGAGCAUAUAGGCAAAGGCGGAAGGACCCAAGUUGCGAUGCGUGUCGAGAACGAAAAGUAAAGGUUCAAGAUCUCGAACGGCAGUUAAUCCAAGCAAAACAACAGCUCUGCCAGCUUCGUUCAGGAAUUCCUAAAACUGACAGCUUGAUGGAUCCAGCUUUUGACUUGCAUGAGGAUACUCCAAGAAUCCCGGAAGUUGGACAGCGCCCACAUCGCCUCAAUAAUAGCUCCAACAUCAAUCCACCACCGUCCCACGUUCGUUGGAAAAUGCGAACUUACGGCCAGGGACUCAUCAACUUCCCACCAGCUUCCCCAUUUACACAUCCUCAAAUAUUGCUGACUCGGGAUGUGCCCUCUCUCCCUCCAGCAACCAUUGUGGACACGCUCCUGGAAAAUUAUUUUUCCCACUUGCACCGCGUGUUUCCCAUUGUACACUGGCCGACGUUUCUGAGUGACAACGAUCGUGUCUCCCGCAUUGGCUCUUUCAGUGGAGCUCCUAGAGAAUGGGUGGCAAUGGUGUUUGCAAUGCUUGCUUGCGGCUCUUUACAUUCUCUUGACCAAGAAUUGGUGUUAAAGGGGAAAGAUUUCCUCCAAACUAGCGUCAGUCUUAUUGAUGUUUGGCAGGACGCGUUUUCUCUAGACCAAGUUCGCACUGUGAUGCUGAUUAGCAUCUUCUUGUAUGAAACGAAUUUGAAAUCUGCUAGUUGGGUUUGGCUGGGCUCUGCUGUGAAGAUGGCCCAAGAUCUAGGAUUGCACAUUGAGUCUGGCUGCUCAUCAAUGGAAGCUGAGCUGAGAAAACGAGUUUGGUGGGCUUUGUAUGCGUGGGAAAGGUCAGCUCGGUAUCAACUUGCACUUGUGGUCAUUGAAACAGGCAGACCUUUAACGAUACAUGACGAAGAUUGCGACGUUGAGCUUCCCUCCGCCAAUGAACAACUUACUAACGGAGGCCCAUUACCGCAUGACGAGAAGCCUACCUUUCUCUUAGCCAUCUCUCAUGUCAUGCGUGCUGUAUCUCAACUAACAAAGAGUUUAAAGGCGCCGAUGAUCUCGGCUGAUACGUUAGAGGCGUUCGAACGACAUUUCAGGAUGUGUUUGGAAACGUUCCCAUUGGAUUACCGAAUGGAAGCGAAUCAUUACCUAGAUCCUCGUUCACUACCUCCCAUUAUAUUUCUGCAGAACACUCGACUUAUUCUCCACCGCCACAACCUUUCUCCACGUAGCUCAAUGGAGGUACGGCACGUCGCUCUUGGGCGUUGUCUAGCCAUUGCCCGUGACACUGCCUGCUUGCUCUCCAGAUGUAUGCGUUUUCCGAACAGUGCGAAAGCUGCUUUUAAUUGGAGAUAUCUUAUAGCGGGUGCAGCAACAACAAUAUUAUGUUGUCACAUAUGGCGCUGUACUCUAAUUUUGCUUUUACGGGGUGACUAUGCUGGCGCCCUUGUUUGCGUCCAAGUAAGUGCUGCGAUAGGCGAUGGAAGACCGGCAAAUGCUGCUUGCGGCCGCUAUGUUGCAUUUUUCCUCAAAAUUUUACUGGAGAAGGCACAGAGGAACGGCGUUACAAACCAAGAUCACGAUGAGGAAAUUAUAGCUUAUGUUUCCGGCGAUCUUCAAGGCCGAAUAAGUGGCAGCUGGAUAUGGCAAACCGACGAGAAUGAACCUCCUUCAGCCAUUACUCCACCGCAAUCCUCAUCUUCAUCGAAAGCGUCCACUCUUGGGAGGCAAUUCGUUGAUGGUGUUCGAAAUGGUGCUACUCCGGAUGUCCCAGAAAAGGAAUGGGAGGGAUGGGGGUGGAUUGAACAGACAAUCCAGUUCCUCCUAACGGAACAACAACGACAAACCGUCAUUGUUGAGACAAAAGAUAAUGAAACCCGAUUUUCAGGUCCUGUUAGGCCAAAUGUACCUUCCAAUCGUCCCCCCGAAAAUACCAGUCCAGUUCGCAAUAGCCCAACUAGUCACUCACUGAUGACAAUUGCCAACAUUAUAUGA